CUUUACAUUUCAAAAUAAAAGGGCCAGCUCUCUCUUUUUCCUGCGCCCGUCUCUCCUGUCACUUGAACCUCACGAUGAGGCCAGAGCGUGGAGGGGCGAAGCGGCUCUGUGUUCCCGCGCUGCGCCUGGCCGCUCUGGUCCUCUGGGGCGUCUUGAGCGCCGGGGCCCUGAACAAUGGCUUGGCGAAGACCCCGACCAUGGGCUGGCUGCACUGGGAGCGGUUCAUGUGCAACGUAAACUGUCGAGAACAGCCCGAUGCCUGUAUCAGUGAGGAACUCUUCAUGAAGAUGGCAGAUGUCAUGGUCUCAGAUGGCUGGAAGGAUGCUGGUUAUGAGUACCUCUGCAUUGAUGACUGUUGGAUGGCGCCUAGAAGAGAUUCAAAUGGCAGACUUCAGGCAGACCCUGUCCGCUUUCCUGGUGGGAUUCCCCGCCUGGCUGAUUAUGUCCAUAGCAAAGGACUGAAGCUAGGGAUUUAUGCCGAUGUUGGAAAUAAGACCUGUGCAGGCUACCCUGGGAGCUUUGGAUUCUAUGACAUUGAUGCCCAGACCUUUGCUAACUGGGGAGUAGAUCUGCUCAAAUUUGAUGGUUGUUACUGUGACAGUGUGGAUCAUUUAAUAGAUGGUUAUAAGUACAUGUCCCUGGCCCUAAACAAAACUGGCAGAAGUAUCGUGUACUCCUGCGAAUGGCCCCUUUAUGUGUGGCCCUUUCGUAAGCCUAAUUACAAAGAAAUUCAACAGUAUUGCAAUCACUGGAGAAAUUUUGCUGACGUUUAUGAUUCUUGGCAAAGUAUAAAGAAAAUCUUGGACUGGACAUCUUCUAACCAGGAGGAGAUCAUUGGUGUUGCAGGGCCAGGGGCUUGGAAUGAUCCAGAUAUGUUAGUGAUUGGCAACUUUGGACUUAGCUGGGACCAGCAGAUAACUCAGAUGGCUUUGUGGGCUAUCAUGGCAGCUCCGUUACUCAUGUCCAAUGACCUUCGAAACAUCAGCCCUCAAGCCAGAGCCCUCCUUCAGAAUAAGGAUGUAAUAGCCAUCAACCAAGACCCAUUGGGGAAGCAGGGAUACCAGCUAAGAAAGGAAAACAACAUUCAGGUCUGGGAACGUCCUCUCUCAAACUUAGCCUGGGCUCUGGCUAUGGUAAACCAACAGGAAAUGGGUGGACCUCAACUUUAUGGAAUCUCUGUUGAUUCCCUCGGCAAAGGAGUGGCCUGUAAUCCUAGCUGCUCCAUCACACAAAUCCUCCCUGUGAAGAGAAAGCUUGGAAUCUUUGCAUGGACUUCAUCGUUAAAAGCUGAAAUAAAUCCCACAGGCACUGUUUUGUUCUUGCUAGAAAUCACACAGAAAACUUAA